GGCGCCGCGGCUUCAAUGGCGCCAUCGCCCAGGACGAGCAGCCGGCAAGAUGCGACCGCCCUGCGCAUGUCCUCAACUUUUUGGGCGUUCAUGAUCCUGGCCAGCCUGCUCAUCGCCUACUGCAGUCAGCUGGCGGCCGGCACCUGUGAGAUCGUGACGCUGGACCGGGACAGCAGCCAACCACGGAGGACGAUCGCGCGGCAGACAGCUCGCUGUGCGUGCAGAAAGGGCCAGAUCGCGGGCACCACGAGGGCCCGGCCCGCCUGCGUGGACGCGCGGAUCAUCAGGACCAAGCAGUGGUGUGACAUGCUCCCGUGCCUGGAGGGAGAAGGCUGCGAUCUGCUGAUCAACCGGUCAGGCUGGACGUGCACGCAGCCCGGCGGGCGGAUAAAGACCACGACGGUCUCCUGACGAACGCAGCCCGAGAGGGGCCCCCGGGAGCAGCCUGGGCUCCGUGGAGCGCCCGGGCCUCUGCUGCCCGCCUUGCCCUCCGUGGACGCCCCGUCCUCCGUGUUCUCCCGCCCUCGGUCUCUCCAUAGCCCACCACGGACAGCCCCGUGCCCCAGCAUCCGGCCACCCCCGGGGGCCCCGGACUGAGGCCCGGAGGUGGGGGGCAGUGGCCGGGCCUCAGCAAUACGCAUCUGUGGACUCAGCGAGGGCCACGUGCGCCACGGAGAACCCGCUGUCCAGCAGCCUCGGGGAGACGCCGGCCGGCGGGAGGACGCCCGGGCACGGACGCCAGCCUCUCCCGGUGCCCCAGACUGUCCGAAUCGCUUUUAUUUUCUUAUACCUUCAGUAUAUUCGAUAGACCAAAGAGCAAAAUCUAUUUUAACGUGGACGCAGCCCCCGCCGUCCCGGUUCCCUGGGUUCCACCGCGGGGCGGGCAUGGGGAGCACGGUGGCCGCGACAUGCCGGGCCCCGGCCGAGGCCCUUGCCCCACAGACACCGUGGCACCGCCUGGAAGGAGUGGAAGGAGCAGCGCGGGCCGGAGCGACGUGGAUGCGGGGCCGGGCAGGAGCCGCCGGGCAUGUGCCCCCCGGCCACACGCCCCUCCGCGUAGAGACUGCGCAGCCCACGCCCCUGUACCUAGACCAGCUCUGUCAUACUAAACCCAUCUUCUGUUUUAACCAGUUCAACAUGCCUCUUCUCCGGUUCCAUUUUUGAUAGUUGGAUAAUCCAGUAUUUGCCAAGAGCAUGUGGGGUCCCCGUGACCGCUGUCUCAUCCGACACACCAUUUAGCUCCAGAAAGCAAAUUAAAGAAAACUGAAGUAACACUUGUUUGAAAGAGAUCAUUAAAUGUAUUUUGCAAAGCCUAAAGUUAUAUAUUUAACAGUUUUUAUAUGUUGUAUAUUUGUAGAAAUACCUAUUUAACCAUGGCUGUGGCAGCGCCAGCCCGCGUCCCCCCCGGGCUCCCGAUGACCUUGGGGGGCGGUCGGGGGCGUGGGGUGGGGGAUGGCAGUGAGCCCCCGGGCCUGGGGGUGCAGCGGUCAGCGGGGGGCCGGCCCAGCUCGCCUUUGGUUUCGGUUCCGUGGUGAAUCCCCUGCGGUCUAUGUAUCAGUACAGACUGAGUGUACAGUGACUUGCCCCCCCUCUUCCAGUCGGCACCCCCUUUUCUUAGCCCCUUUCACAUCCGCAGAUCUUAAGGGCAAUUCGCAGCUGAUUUCUUCUUCCCAGAUGGGCAUUACCCCCAUUCUCAGAGUCCUCCGUCUUCUCAUCAGCAGUGGACGCAGAGGAGAAGGCGGCGAGGGGGCGAGCUGGGGGGCUGGUGCCCGGGCCCCCCACCUGCCCUGCAGGUCACAGGAGACGGCCCGGGAGGGGCAGCUAGGAUCUUCCCCGGCAGACGUGCUCCAGGUCCUUGCAUUUCACGGAUUUCCGCUGAAGUAUACUACCUAAGAGUCCAAUUAACACGAAUAUUAUGCUAGUUCUGCGCUACUGAAGUAAAAACAGCAAAAAAAUAAGUAACUAUAGAGACACCGUUCUAGAACCAUAGGCUAAAGAUAGGAAAGAAAAUCCGUUUAUUUAAGACCCGUUCCAAUAUUCAUGAGUAUUUAAUUUACCGAUUUCAGGCACCACAAAUUUAGAUGUGAUUAUAUCCUUGAGUCAAGAAACGGCUGAGAUGUGGGGUUUUCAUCACAGAGGCGGUGGGGUCGGGCAGGUUUGGGGGAGCAUGGCGGGGGUCCCUGGGAGGGUCGCCUGUCCCCGCCUACCCCUCCCCUCACCUGUUUCUUUUGGAAGACAGUGUAGACACCUUCGCGGGCAGAGACUGGCAGAUUUAAGAUGUUACAGCAUUUUUUUUUCCUGUUUUACAAUAUUCAAUUUUGUGUUUAUUCAGCUAAAUUAUGAAAAUAAAGAAAAAAUCCUUUGAUAA